CUCUCGCAUAAAUACUCAACACAACUGUGGUGAUGAGCAGACGCACCAAUUUAAAAGAAGCGACUUCUCGUCCUCGGGCUGCCGGUCUUGGCGCACAGUUACUUUCGGUUUGCGUCAGCGCGCUUGUGCUGCUUUCUGGAGGAGAAACAAACAAACAAACAACAAAAGAAAGAAAGAAAGAAAAGUAGAAAGAGAAAGAGAGUGGGUGUAAUUACAUUCCCUAAUCAGCAGAACUGACAGCAGGUGUGAAUUCAUGUCUGUAUUUUCCCCGCAGAUAUACUGCCCAGUGUUUGUGCCCGGCCGCGAUAUGACUGAGGUGAUGAUCAGCAGCACCCCCAUGGAGGACAUGAGGCUCAGCCCCAGCAAGGACAGACUCUCCUUUCAGAUAUUCCCAGACCCCUCUGACUUUGACCGAUGCUGUAAGCUCAAAGAUCGUUUGCCAUCCAUUGUGGUCGAGCCGACAGAGGGAGAAGUCGAGAGCGGAGAGCUUCGCUGGCCUCCAGAGGAAUUUCUGGUCAGUGAAGAGGAGGAGGAGGAUGAGGACGAAGAAGAAGAAGAGGAGGAGGAGGAACAGGAGCAGAAUAAUGGCAGUAUCCCAAACGGACAGCCGACACAGGAUUCUCAGCACUAGAGGUUGUGUCGUAGCACCCAUACCCUCUUGUUCCCCCUGUCUUUCUGAUAGACUCUCCCUUUCCCACACUGGUUCCACUGCACCUCGGCACUCCAACAGACUCAACUAGCAGAGGCACAUUCAGAGUCUUGUGAUGCCUACUUGACACCAAAGCAUCACGCUGAAGAGAAGCAAUACACAUGGGCGACACACCUUCUCACACAUUAAUUGAUCCUCCUGAAGUGCAAACCCACCAGAAUGGACUUCUUAAAGAAUGGACACGCACACCUCUAACCUACACUUCUUACCAUGCCUACCACCGUGUGUCUCGGCCCAGAGUGGAUGUCCUGUUGGACAGCGGCAGCUCAGUGCUCCAUGGACAGUUUUACACUGCAGGAGGGCUACGGCUGCUCUGUACUUUACUCCAAAAUGGCUGGCGUCAUGACCCCCAGAGACUUGAUACUCUUAUACAGAAUUAUUGUGGUACCCGUGGGAAUUAUCGUCUACAGUACACUGUCCAUACCUGUGUUCAGUUUCUGGAUUGAUAUGUUAAUUAUUGUGUUUGCCACUGCUGUCCAUAGUUUUGUCUGUUCCUGAGAAGUGAAUGUUUUGUGAUCUUUUCUUUUUUUUGUCUUUUGAGAAGUGGGUGUUCUUGUGUAAAAAUGUUACUGGGAUCCCCUGUCCACAACAAAAUGACAUUUUUCUGAACUUGCAUCAGGCGUUCACAGUUAAAAAAAGAAAAGAAACCUGGAAUCAUUUUAGAGAAGUGAGCAGAAAGUGAGAGAAAACAAAACCAGCAUGUUGUGCUUGUGCUUACGUGAUGAAUUCACUGUACAAAGGCUUGUUUUGCAGUCCUGCUACGAUCCCUUCAUCACAUCAGCCUCCUGUAAGCCUUAUUACAAAGACAGAAUGGUACAUCGCCGAGAACUAAAUAUGACAUAAGCAGGUUAAGGAUAAUUGUAAUUUUUGAAAAGGCAGAUUGUGGAUAAAGCAAUGUACAGACCCAAUGAAGGAUAUGUAAAUACUUGUUCCCAAUGAGCCAACCCCUGAGGCCUUAUAGUGUGCUGAUCUUGUUUGUACUUGAUUUGGGUUUUUUUUUUUCCCUCCUCUUUAGAAAGACAAAGACUAAGAAUCGCUCUGAGCUGUACACACCUGAAGUUGACUCGUCUUCCUGUUCAGGCCAUAUUUUUGUCACGGUGAAUUCUCACUGUAGUUCACAAAUAAGUUAGGCAAUAUCUGAAAGUCUUUUAGUCUCGAUAUAAUCAGUCCUGAUACUUGUUGUACAUUGGGGGGGUGGGGGGAGAAAUCUUAUUUGUUCUCUGGUAGUAAUGUCUGUCAUUUUGUUUGCGUUGCAAAAGUUGGUGUUCUCUUGUUCACUCUUUAAAUUACCACUUAUUGUUUGUGGAACAAGUCUUGUCGGUCAAUUUGUGGAAAAGAUUUCACUUUUGUGUACACGAUAUGAAUACUGUUGUCACGACUGAGAUGUGUCUGUUCUCUUUGUAAUUUCUUAUUUGAGUGGCAUUAGGGCUGUGUACAGAACAUCUCUCUCUUUCUCCUGUCUGUCACCUACAGGUCCCACAUUGUUUUUGUAAAGCUCAGGGAGAUUAGCCGCCAUCUUUCUCUUGUGUUUUAUUUUAUUUUUUGUAUUUAGACCACUUUUUUCUCUGUGACAAUUACAGAGGCUGUAAAUAAACAUUUGAAUUUGCUAUCCAA